AUGUCAACGAUAGAAGCAGCUACAACUCUCGUACAUCUCUCCCGUCCUCUUCAACCUUGGGAUGAUGACGUUGACGUUGACAUGGACGUUGGCACGAUCAAGCUCAAAGGGAGGACAGCUCGCCAGCUCACCCAGAUCUCUUCUUCCCUCUUACUCAUCAUCUUGCAUGUCGUACUUGCCUCAAGCAGGGAACACCUUGUCUCAUCUCUAUCCCCCCUCCUGACCCAAACCCUCAAAACAGAAAAAGAAUCAGGCCAUCUCGUAUGGAUGCAAUCUCCACCAAACCCGUCAACAAGGGAGGUAGACCGAAAGGCAAGAUGGCAUGUCAAUUGUGUUUCGGAAAGUCAUGUUCCAUCGCGCUGGGUUAUCGCCAAAGGAAAAAAGAAUAGGCAUGAUGGGGUCAAGGCGACGGUAAACUCCAACUCUACCUUACCUUCAACAACUACCAUACGAUUGGUCGUACCUAGUUCAUCUACCUCUCUCAAUGCUCAAGCGGAUCCGGAUUCGAUGCCAAUUCAAGCGACUGGAUCAGGACGAACAAGUUCCAAGAGGAAAAGAUCAACAACCUCUUCUUCGACCAACUUACCUAUUUCCUCCUCUCAAGAUGACAACAACGUUCCUUCUCUUCUACAGAUACCCACACCCACACCCAUACCAUCUCCAUCUCACUAUCACCACUCUCACUCUCUCAGUCCAACAUCCCCAGUGUCAGUUCCAGUUCCAGUUCCCGUUCUAGCGACGAAACCCCCUUCAGCUCUCUCACUCGAACCUAUCUCUCCUCAAUUCCAGUACGUGAUCAAACCGGGAGCUUUGAGACCCUAUUCAAUCAAAUCCAUCGUCUCUUCUGACUCUCACACAUCGACAGGCGAAUUCAUUAUGCGACAUAUCUCAAGGAUCCCUUUCCUCUUACGAAGAAUAAAGAUCAUCACCACUGGCGUCCUUGUCGUUCUUGGAGCUGGAAAGAGGGACAAGACGAAAGAUGAAUUCAAAGUACCCGAAUACAUGUUUGAGUGA